GACUGUCAAUAUCUUCUUGUUCUCAAUACAUUUCACUUGGAAACUGAAGAAGAAGAGGAAGAAUGGCUACUAGUUUGCUUCAAACAAGUUUCCUCUUUUCCCUCAAUUCUCAACUCGCUUAUUCUUCUUCAAACCUUCUCGGUUUAACCUGCACUUCUGAUCACAAGUUCAACAGAGUACGAGCUGCUUUCGACAACCAUAGCACAAGUGAGACCACCGUGAAGGCGACCGCUCAGAGAACAAAGAUCAAUGGACAGUUUAAAAAGUUACCCAAUUUCUCCGGAGAAAAGCCAUCCACUCCUAUUCUCGAUAACAUUUACUCUCCUGUUCACAUGAAAAAUCUUUCCCUCGAGGAGCUCGAGAGUUUGGCUGCAGAACUACGAGAAGAGAUAGUAUAUACAGUGUCGAAAACCGGCGGGCAUCUGAGUUCAAGCCUGGGAGUCACUGAGCUCACAGUGGCGCUGCACCAUGUAUUCAACUGUCCGGACGAUAAAAUCAUUUGGGAUGUUGGGCAUCAGGCAUACCCACAUAAGAUUUUAACUGGGAGGAGAUCAAAAAUGCAUACCAUUAGACAAACGUGUGGGCUCGCAGGUUUUCCCAAGAGAGAUGAAAGUAUUCAUGACGCCUUUGGAGCUGGCCACAGUUCUACUAGCAUUUCGGCUGGCUUAGGGAUGGCAGUCGGCAGAGACAUGUUAGGGAAGAACAACCAUGUAAUUUCAGUGAUUGGAGAUGGUGCCAUGACAGCGGGAAUGGCAUACGAGGCAUUAAACAAUGCAGGUUUUCUCAACACAAAUCUUAUUAUUAUCUUGAACGAUAACGGCCAAGUCUCUUUGCCUACCGCCACCGUCGACGGCCCUGCUCCGCCCGUUGGGGCUCUCAGCAAAGCCUUAACCAGGCUACAAUCCAGUUCAGAUUUCGUCCAACCAUGUCAAGCUACCAAGUCAAAGCUCAAAAACGGAGCACAAAUCAAUGGCGACUCUAGAGCGAUUUCAGGUGGUUCAGCUUGCCUCUUUGAAGAACUAGGAAUAAACUAUAUUGGUCCCGUUGACGGACAUAAUGUGGAGGACCUUGUGUUUAUUUUAAAGCAAGUUAAGGCUUUGCCUCAAGCCACAGGACCUACUCUCAUUCAUAUUAUAACUGAGAAAGGCAAAGGCUAUGCUCCAGCUGAGAUUGCUGCAGAUAAAAUGCACGGUGUUGUUAAGUUUGAUCCGAGGUCUGGGAAACAGAUGAAGGUGAAAUCGAAAACGCUUUCGUACACGCAAUACUUUGCGGAGUCCUUGAUUGCGGAAGCUAGAGAGGAUGAUAAGAUUGUAGCGAUUCACGCAGCAAUGGGAGGAGGCACAGGGCUUAAUUUAUUUCAGAAGCAAUUUCAUGAGAGAUGUUUUGAUGUUGGGAUAGCUGAGCAACAUGCUGUUACUUUUGCUGCUGGUUUAGCGGCUGAAGGCCUUAAACCUUUCUGUACUAUCUAUUCUUCCUUUAUGCAAAGAGGUUAUGAUCAGGUGGUUCAUGAUGUAGACCUUCAAAAGCUGCCAGUGAGAUUCGCAAUGGACAGGGCGGGCCUAGUGGGGGCAGACGGUCCAACCCAUUCGGGUGCCUUUGACACUACUUUCAUGGCAUGUUUACCAAACAUGGUGGUCAUGGCUCCUUCGGAUGAGACUGAGCUGAUGCACAUGGUGGCCACGGCAGCCGCCAUCGAUGACCGGCCGUCUUGCUUCAGGUACCCGAGAGGAAAUGGCAUUGGUUCAGUGAUUCCUCCGAAUAACAAAGGAGUAGCAUUGGAGAUUGGCAAGGGGAGAAUCCUGAGGGAGGGAAGUCAUGUGGCUAUUUUGGGUUUUGGAACAAUUGUACAAAACUGCUUGGCUGCUGCAGACCUCCUGAAAGUGCUCGGAAUCUCAGCAACCGUCGCCGACGCCAGAUUCUGCAAGCCGCUCGAUGGCGAGUUGAUCAGAGAGUUGACCGAAGAGCAUGAGAUACUCAUCACUGUUGAAGAAGGUUCCAUUGGAGGAUUCAGUUCCCAUGUUUCCCAUUUCUUGGCUUUGAAUGGAUUGCUGGACGGAAAGGUCAAGUGGAGGCCGAUGAUGCUGCCUGACCGGUACAUCGAGCAUGGAUCACAGAAGGAUCAGAUUGAGCAGGCAGGACUGAGUUCGAAGCAUAUCGCAGCGACAGUUUGUUCAUUAUUGUCAGGUGGACAUAUGGAUAAUCUUCAGCUUAUGAGCUUAGAGACGAACAAUGCACUGUGAAUUAUCGACUUGGCCAUUUUCAAUUCGUUAAUUGCAGCAAAAUAUUGCUAAAAAUAACAGCGACGAAUUUAUAUUCAUUUUCUAAGAUUUGUGUGAAACAGUUUGAAUU